CGCGCAACCAUCUCCAUCUCGUACUGUUUUCUCCCACUGUGACUUCUCAAGACAGAAAAGAAGAAGAAGCUGCUGGAAGAAAAUAAGAACGGCUGUUUUCUCAUUUUUGAGGGCUUACAUUUCAUUUCUCUUCUUUUAUUUCAAGAUCCUUCUUUUCUGUUUUUUGUUCUUCUUCUUUUUUCUCUCUUUCUCUGGAUUCUGAGAAAAAUCAAGAGAUGGAGAGCGAAGAUAAGAAGAAGAUUCAUUCUCCAGGGCAUGAGAAUCAUGGUGUCCAUGUCUGUCACAAAUGUGGCUGGGCCUUCCCAAACCCGCACCCAAGUGCGAAGCAACGUCGGGCCCACAAGAAAGUCUGCGGCAAGGUUGAAGGGUUUAAGCUGACCGGGUCCGAAGAGAAGACCCACUCCGAUAGCGAUCUCUCUGAUGAUGAUCACAAGCCGCAGCCGGCCUCCUGCGAAUUGGGUGUGGAAGGAAUGGAUGUGAAGAAGAGCAGGAGUGUAGGAAUUGAAGCUGAAGGACCGGGCAGAUCUGAAGAGGAUGUGUUCUCUGAUGCUGUUGCGGAAUUUGGGGAUGCAGUGUCUAGCCGGACAGUGGAAGAAAACAUGAGUGGAGAAGGAAUCAAGGGUGGUGGUGAUGUGGGUCAUGUUUUAGAGAUGCCAACUGUUGCCGAUAAGACACCACAACCUAAUGAUGCUUUACAAAGCAAACUAGAUAAUGCCCCGCAUCCCUUGCACUCUGCCACUAAUGCCAUGGGUGAAUCUAUUUUAGAUAAGAGAGCUGAUUUUCCUGUGGAGCCGACAGAGGACGGUAGUUCUGCCCCUUUCUCAUCUAAUGGAGCAUCUCAUUUGGAACCUGAAACGCCACUAAAUGAUUCCAUAGAGAACAAGAAUAUUGAUACUGACAAGAGUGUGACCUGUUCUAUGACUUCAGUUGGUCUUGAUACGGAUGCAAAGGAUAAUGAGAAAAGCAAUGAAGAUGAAAGAGUACCUUCCAUAGCAGUGUUACCUGAUAUUCCUGAAAGUGGGUUUGCUGCAGUGGAAGUUCCAUCAGACCUCACAAAUGCUGGUACCAUAACAAUGGAUGUCUCUUCUGAGGAUGCAAUCAUGGGUUUAAAAGAAGCUGACACACAAAUCUGCCAUGUGCAUGAAAAGCAAACCGGUGGAGCAGAACAGCAAAAACCACUGAGGGAACUUUCCAGCAUUCAAUCAGGAUCUAUGGAAGCCGAAGCUGACAUUGGCCGUUCUGUGGAAACUGCUCAAAUUACUAAAGGAAGCCUGCCAAUAGAACCCAGCGCAGACAUCAUGCAAGUACCAGAAGACAGCGUUCAAGUGGAUAGGUCCGCUGCUAGAAGUGUGCAUGAAGAACUGAUUGUUGAUCAAAGCAGUCUGGGUGGGAACCACAGUGAUGAAAGGUCUCAAUUUGUUGGACUUGCCUCCACCGAAUGUGCAGCUGAAGGUAUAGGCCUCGAUGGAUCGGCAGCACAUCCAGAUUCCAAUAGUGCUGGACCUGCAACAACUAAAGCAACCAGCCUUGAUGAUGUGACUAUGGGAUCAAGCAAAAUAGAAGCAACAUUAGUCCAUUCAGAGGAAAAUGAACUCCACUCUGGCCAUGAUUUAUCACCGGAAGUCAUGCCGGCAACUCCUACAGUACUUGCAGCUGGAGGUAACAUUGGCGACUCUGCUGAGGAAGCCGAAGUUCAUCAAGCAAUAGCAAUGGACAGUGGUGAGCUUGACAGGGAGGAAGAUUCUGGCCAUGAUCUAUCACAUGAAGUGAUGCCAGAAACUCCUACAGUACUUGUGGCUGGACGUGACAUUGCAGAUUCUGCUGUGGAAGCUAAAGUUCAUCAGGCAAUCACAACGGGCAGUGGUGAGCUUGAUGGGGAGAAAGAUUCUGGCCAUGAUCUAUCACACAAAGUCAUACCAGAAACUCCUACAGUACUUGUGGCUGGUGGUAACAUUGCAGGUUCUGCAGUGGAAGCUGAAGUUCAUCAAGCAAUAGCAACGGACAGUGGUGGGUUUGGCAGGGAGGAAGAUUCUGGCCAUGAUCUAUCACAUGAAGUCAUGCCAGAAACUCCUACAGUACCUGCGGCCAGAGGUGACAUUGCAGAUUCUGCCGCUGUGGAAGCUGAAGUUCAUCAAGUAAUCACAAUGGACAGUGGUGGGCUUGAUGGGGAGAAAGAUUUUGGCCAUGAUCUAUCACAUGAAGUCAUACCAGAAACUCCUACAGUACCUGUGGCUGGUGGUAACAUUGUGGAUUCUGCGGUGGUAACUGAAGCUCAUCAAGCAAUAGCAAUGGACAGUAGUGGGCUUGGCAGGGAGGAAGAUUCUGGCCAUGAUCCAUCACAUGAAGUCAUGCUGGAAACUCCUACAGUACCUGCAACUGGAGUUGAUGUUGCAGUUUCUGCUGUGGAAGCUGACGUUCAUCAUGGAAUAGCAACGGAGAGUGGUGGGCUUGACAGGGAGGAAGAUUCUGGCCAUAAUUUAUUGUGUGAAGUCGUGCUAGAAACUCCUGAAGUACCUGCUGCCGGAGGUAACAAUGUGGAUUCUCCUGUGGAAGCUGGCCAUGAUUUAUUGCCUGAAGUCGUGCCAGAAACUCCUACAGUACCUGCUGCUGGAGGUAUCGUUGCAGAUUCUGCUGUGGAAGCUGAAGUUCAUCAAGCAAUAGCAAUGGUCAGUGCUGGGCUUGAUGUGGUUUGCAAAGACACUAGAACUGACCAUACUAACACAGUCGGGGAGUACAGCAAGCAAGGAGCUACAGAUGAAUUAUCUCCGUCUGUCAUAGCAAUCAUUCCCGAAUAUGUGACCGAUGAAUCGAAAGUAAGCUCCCAAUAUCAUGAAGAUCUUGGAACAGAUAAAUUGGAAGGGAAUCUGCAACUUGCUGAAUCCGCUCAUUGGGAUGCAGCUGUGGGUUCGAAAGGAAGAGACAUCGAUAAUGGCCCCUUAGAAAGCAUAUCAGAACCCAAUCGUGCUGAUCAUUCUGAUAUAGAAAUGGAAGCACAAGUGGGGCCCACUGGAACAGACAGUGGGUUCGCUGAGCACCAUCACAAAGAACUGAAGUUGGAUCAGAGCAGUGAGGUUGGAGCAUACCAGCUCGAUGUGCAAAAUCCCGCACCCAAAGAGCUUGUGGCUUUAGCAGUGGGGACAGAAUCUUGUGUUCAGGGUUCAGCCAUUGUCGAGAGCUGCAGUGCUGAGGAUUUUGCAGCAGGAGAUGCUUCCAAUAUUCAUGAUCGUUCUUUACCCGAUGAAGGCGAUGAUACUGUUCUUAAACAAAAUGUGAAUGCUUCGAUAAUGGCCACAGAUGCUUCAGUGAGUUCUUUUAGCCAAGAUGACAGUGUGGAAGGCCACUGGGGCUCCGUUUCAGAUAUGCUGUUGGUUUUCAUCACAGAUAUCCCAACUCCAAAGGAAGCUUCCAAUGCCAGUUUAAAGAAUGCAAGUGCCUCUAAAAACCAUGUCGAUAACACCGAUCUCUUUGAGGCACCCUCUUUCAUGACCCUGGUCGAACCUGGCAAAGGCGACAGAAAGCAACCUGCUUCUUCUGAGAUUCAAUCUGCUCAACGGCCGACGUCCCCUUCUUCUCAACCCGGGUGGUUCCCUUCUCUGACACACGUUGUGAACGAAUCACAGGGAAGAAAGAAGAAUGAAGAGAUCAUUGCAAAGGUAGUGAACUGGAGCUCUGGGAAACCUCACACCCCUCUACGGAGUCUCCUCGUCGAAGCCAACCUCGAAAGCAAGUAUAAGCCCCUGAAAACAGCACAAGACCACCCAUCGCCAACAGCCCAGGAAGAUCAAGCCCUGCAAGAUAAAGCUCCGCCAGUCAAGACGACUAACCCCGAGCUUCCUACAGGGAACGCCGCCAAAGGUGAGGUGGAGAAGGAAUGGAACUCGCCGGCGCGGUUACCCGUGAUUAAGAGAGAGAGGAGGAAGCUGAGAGGGUGGGUCCCAUUCGUAUGCUGCUCGUCGGUCAAUUAAGUUUUGAAUGGUGCAUAGAUGAUGAUAAUAAUAGGUUUAUUUUGUGAAGACGCUCGCUCAUCGGAGGUCAUUCGAUGGAUCAUCACGUGUUAUGUAUGUGAUCAGAGUCUCCACUACAUCUUAGAGAUCUUAGAGAUGAAUUCUAUGUAUUCUUUGCUUUAUUUUCUCUUCCUUUUAAAAAAAAAAAUUUUAAUUAAUUUCAUUUAUUUUAUGGUGUAUGUGGGUGUCUUAUGUUGGUGGUUUUGGCUUGAGGGUCCUAGUUGUAAGAUAGUAAAACUUCCACCAACAAUUCCUUAGAGCAGUUCUACUGAAAAUAUGCAUUCAGUGUU